UGCGAAUGCUGUGUAUAUGGCUUUAAUUGCACAGAUAAAUGAAUUUGCAUAAUUGUAAUGCGAAGUUUUUGCAUCAAGUAGUGAAAUGGUUGACAUUAAUGCACAAUUAUUUCAAAAUUUUGAUAUUAAUUAAUGUGGAAAAUUGAAUUGAACGUGAUUUUCAAAAAUAAAAACCGUUACAAGGGAUGUAAAUAUAAUUUUUAACGAGUAUUAUUGCGUUAAGAGUUUAGAAGACACAAUAAAGUUGUGAUUUGUUAUAAUAAUUCUAGAAAAGAACCAAUAAAAAUAUAUAAAAUGUGACAAAAUUACAAAUAUUUAUGUCAAACAGUAAUCAAGUGUUAAAAAUAACAUAUAUUGUACAUACAUACAUCCAUAUAUACAUAUGUACGUGUGUGUAACUCAUUGAAUUGAUAUUGGACGAUCACAACAAAUCGUACUUGCAUUUGCGCCACCUGUUGUUGAUACUUCCACUUCGUUAAAGUUCGAAACAGCUGUCAUAGAUGCCGCCAAACCAUUGUUUACAUUCAGUAAUUUCGCGAUAAUUUGCAAAUAAGAGUUGGAACGGAAGUCGGUUAAACUUUUGAUCGUUAGUGACUUGAUUAAAUGGUUUAAAAACGUAGAAAUGAGUUUUAGAUGUUAUUGGAAUGUUGGGCUUCAUGUUUAUUAUCUUUGUCGUGUAAUAUUCGCUUGUAAGGUGUGAACUUGAGUGAAGCGGCUAAUGGAGCAAGCGGUGGCCUGUGUUGGUAAUUUGAUAUAAGCAUUUUGUGUUAAAAUUAGUAAAUUUUAUCUAUUAGAUAGUGUUUUUGUAAAAAGUGCAUAUUGAGUGGUCCAUAGUACAUUAAAGCCUUCAGUGGCUUGCCUAAUAGUUGCAGGGGCAACUAAAUUUGGCCUCUGUUUAAUAACUCGUGUUGUUUGUGUCAUAAGUACAAUACAUGUGUUGAAAAGGGGUGUAUUGCAGUUAAAAUGUGUGAAGAAUAAUGUAAUAAAAUUGUUUUGAGAUAAAUUAUCUCGCUUAAGUGACAGAUUUACGACUUCCAAGUGCAUUCAAGUUGCUGUAUCAUUGGAUGAAAUCGCUGGAGCACUCUUCUUCCAUCAAGGAAUAUGAUCAGGUCAGUUAAGCGCUGGAUAACGGUACAGUAAAAAUGUGUCAACUAGUCAACACAAGGGAUUACAAACUCAAUUUGUAUCUAUUAAAUAUUGCCGGGAAAUGUAUAGAAAGUUGUGGGUUAAUAAAAGUUUUAACUUUUACACUGCAAUGAAAAUGAAAUGGUGCCAAAUUGAUAUAUGCAGAUGCAUGCAUGGCGGAAAUUAUUUGUGAGCUUACAUAACUGUGGUUUUUCCCUGCUCUUGGUGCUAUUAAAACCGCAAACUUCAUUAAAGUGCUCAACAGAUUUCCGAAAAUCGUCUGUAUGUAUAGUUCGGCAGCUAUUCGAUUGUGGUCAUGACUUACGCAUAUUUGCAUGAGCUCACAUAUCCCGCGUCGAAGCCACGCAAUGAAUUGCUCAUCUUCAAUCAGACGGCCGCAAAGGCAAGGCCGACAAAGAGGCCGACGUUAUGCCAAGUAGUGCUGCCAUAUUGCAAGGGCUACUGCGACAUCGCCUCCGUGCAUGGCGUGCGCUAUCUGACCGACCCCAAACGUCACUACUUCGAACGCGUCAUCUGGCUGCUGCUGCUCAUCGCCACCACCUGCAGCUGUUUGUACGUCUACAAUGAUUUGGCCGAUUUGUACUAUUCGCAGCGCAUACACACGAUUGUCGAGGACUCCGUGUCGCCCAUCUUCACUAAACCAUUCCCGGCUAUUGGCAUAUGUCCACGCAACCGCAUCAAUUGGCCAAAACUUAUGGAAGCCCAUGAAGUAUUUCUUGCACGGAAUGCCAGCGACGAAGCUGUGCGGACAUUUCGCCGUUUCUUCGCCAUAAUGGGUGAUUUCAGCUUUGGCAAUUUCUUCCAGUUGCGUCCGCUGUAUAAGCUGGAUAUGAAUCUGUCACUGCUGGACGAUGUGGACAUAAUGGAGGUCAUGCGCUAUGUCAGUUUCACAUGCGAUGAGUUGUUCGUACAACCCUGUCGUUGGCGGCGCAACGCAUAUAAUUGCUGUGAUCUCUUUUCGAUGGAACGUACGGAGUAUGGGUUUUGCUUUGUCUUCAAUUCGGUUAUAACAGAUGAAAGGCGCGAGCGACAGCUUAAGGACCGCUAUUAUCCGUAUCACAAUUCGAAGAUUACCGAAUUAUCUGGUUUGGAUGUUAUCAUAAAUCUCGACGAAAGCAAGGAACCGCCAAACGUUCGUCCCUCAAAUGGAAUCUAUGUUAUGGUAAAACAGCCGGAACAAUGGCACAGUGACCCACGCUUUAUCAUGCAUAAUACAUACACGAAAUUACCUGUGGUGCCACAAUUCACCUUAACCGACGAGCGAACACGUGCGGUAACACCAGAAGAACGACGCUGCUUGUUUCAAGAUGAAAAUCUACAUCCUCUAUACAAGAAAAUCCCAGGCUUGGAAUAUCGACGUGGUAACUGUUUUACACGCUGUCAUCAGGAAUAUGUUUUCAAGCUAUGCAAAUGCAAUUUGAAAUUGUUCUUUCCACAGCAUGAAAGUGAUAAUAUAACGGCAUGUACAGCAAAGGAUUUCAAGUGUCUCUAUGAAUAUAGAGAAGUUUUCAAAUCCGACAAUCACAUAUCGGAGAGCGAGUAUAUUGAGGAGGUGUCCAAUAACACUAUGAUUUGUAACUGUUUGAAUAGCUGCAAUCAGCUGAUAUAUGUCACCAAUUACAUAAGUGUGCCGUUAGAAGAGAUCAACGCCACAGAUGAGGUGAAACAAGUACACCUGGAUGUGCACUACUCCUCCACCUACAUGAUGAGAUAUAGCACACGCAUCCGUUACACUUUCGUCGAGCUGCUAGGUGAGUGAGAAAAACAGCUCACAACAAAAAAUGAAACUUUUUCACUUUGCGAUUUAAACGCUUGGAGUUAGAUGAGAUUUACUUUGUCACUUUUUUCCGUAUUUUCUUCUGUAUGAUUUUCUGAUUUUUCCAACACUUUUAAGCACUUUUCAAUUUCCCAAGCGAUUUUUGUUUGUUCUUUGACACUUCCAAUUUGCCACUUUCAUUGGUUGGUUAUUUCAACAUAUUUUUUACUCGCAUUUAUGCACACUUUCAAUUUGGUUUCAAUAUUGUUUCCCAUUCAAUAUCGAAUUAAACGUACCAUUUUAGCUUUCGUUCUGUUUCUUCUCUACAACUAUUGUAUAUACCAUUUUGUAUGUCUUUCACCAGCUAACUUUGGUGGCAUCAUUGGCCUCUUUUUGGGCGCCUCACUGAUGAGUGGCGUUGAGCUCCUCUACUACUUCACCAUUGGGCUUUAUACGUAUCUGCGUGAACGCGGCUAUAUUUUCACUGGCGUCAAUUUCUCAUUGGAUGGCAGCACAAAAGUUGCCAAUUUAAAUCAUAAAAAUGUAUCGAGGAAGCGCAAGCGAUUUUUGGAAAAUAAUAAUCACACACCAAAAGUGCAUUUGCGACAUUGAAGUUGGAGAUUAUAAUAUCAUAUGAAAUUUACUCAAAUAAUUUAAAUUGCAAUUAUAAACUGAUUAAUGUGGUUUCUGGUCAGUGAUUAUAUAAUAAACAAAUAUAAUAAAUAACUUUCAAUUUGCAUUAACUGCUAGAAUUGCUAUCAAAAACUAUUCAUUCGUAUAAAGAGUCCUUAGUUGCUUAAUGUUCAUUGAAUUAGACACAGUGCGCACGUAAGUGAAAUGUUUUGUGAAUGCUCAUCUGUCAGAAUAUGUUAAGUUAAGGUCAGUUUUCGCUGCAUACAAAUACAUAUCUGGCAUUUACUGCAAGUAUUCAUUCCCUAGAAUUGCAGGCAAACUUCCAAAAUCAAAUUGAAAUAUUUUAAUGCAACCUUGUGUAUUUGCGAAAUUGUAGAAAAUGCAAUAUUUAUGCAGCAGUAACUGUAAUCCACAAACAACAUUUAUUAUUCAAGCUACUGAAGCACCGGCUGCAUGGCAAGUCAAGUGCCUGUGGUAAAGCAAAUAUUGUAAAAACAGAUAAAUGUGAUGAAAUAAAUGCACUGAUAUGUGCUGGUAUACAUAUAAAUAAAUAUGUAUACAUCCGAAUACACACUCAGUUUAAAGUUUGUGCUAUAUUUCUGUGUAUAACCAAUGCUUGACCAGUGCUCAUAGUGGCUGCACUGACAGCAACUGCAGCAACUUUUAUACAACUCAUGCAAAUCACUUUACACAUAUAUACAACUUCGCUUCUUUACUCGUAUAUGUUUGUAUAUAUGUAUUCAUAUACAUACAUAAUUGUAUAUAUGUUUGUACAUUCUCAUUUCUUUGGGAAUUGUUCGCAAUCAAAAUAUUUUGCAAUGGUUGACCACAAGCCACUACUAUUCAAGCAUAAGUGCUCGUAAGCAUGAUCAUUAUUGUGAGUAAGUUUUAGUAAAAUAUAAAGCAACAACAACAACAAGCAAUGAAACCAACAGACAGCAAAAAUAAAAAUAAAAAUAAAAUUGUUUGCCUUUAUAAUAAAUUUAUUCAUUUGAUAUGCUUUUGUAUGGCUUAAAUGUAGUUAGAAGGUUGAAGCUCUUUAAUUUGGUAAACGAUUUGUGGAUAAAAAAAUAAAAUAAAUGUUAAAAUUCUAACAAUUAAUGGCACAAAAAGGUAAAAAUAAUAUACAUAUAUGCACAAUUGAAAACUCGCAAUUUAUUUAUUUAAUUUUAUUUAUAUUAUAUAAUACACAAUUUGGCCCACAUAUUCGGCAUAUACAUAUAUGGUAAAGUCUAAUAAUAUUAGACAUAUGGGUGCUAGUGGAAGUUAUGACACGAUUUCACCCAUUUUUGGCACGGAGACAUAUUAUUAAAAGAAAAAUCUUCCCUCUGAAGUUCUUUAAAAUAUCUGAGAGACUUAUCUAUAUUUUCGGUAAAAAUUUUAUUAGCAGCACUAAGGUCCUUAUUUUCGAUAUAUGAGGCCUUGAAAAAUUAUGGUUCGAUUUCGACGAUUUUUAUAAGGGCGAUGCCACACUAUAAAUACAGUAUUUGUGCAAAGUUCUGUUCCGAUAUCUUCACCAGUGCUUACUUUAAACAUAUAUUGUAAAGUAAACGAUUCAGAUCGACUUCGAUAAAUGGGAAGUAGGCGUGGUUGUGAACCGAUUUGCCAUAUUUU